GGAGAUCUGGGUCCUUUCAAUCCUGGCCUGCCAGUGGAGGUGCCUGUGUGGCUGGCCAUCAACCUGAAGCAGAGGCAGAAGUGUCGGCUGAUUCCUCCAGACUGGAUGGAUGUUGAAAAACUGGAGGAAAUCCGGGACAGGGAACGUCAAGAGGACACCUUCACCCCCAUGCCCAGCCCCUAUUACAUGGAACUCACCAAGCUGCUGUUGAACUAUGCCUCUGACAACAUCCCCAGAGCCGACGAGAUCCGGACGCUGGUGAAGGAGACGUGGGACACGAGGGUGGCCAAGCUGAGGCUGUCUGCAGACAGCUUUGUCAGGCAGCAGGAGGCUCAUGCCAAGCUGGAUAAUUUAACCCUGAUGGAGAUCAACACGACAGGAACUUUCCUGACUCAAGCCUUAGAUCAGAUGUACAAGCUCAGGACUAACCUCCAGCCUAGUGAGAGUUCCCAGUCCCAGGAUUUCUGA